AUAACAGAAAUCGAGAAUGAUUGGUUCUCCAAUGUUAGAUCAUGGCCGAUCAUAAACGAGAAAUCUUGCCACCUAUUUUCUCUUUAGCUAUAUCCGCUCCUCCGUAGAUAUAAAUUUUCUAUAAAUAUGUUUAUAUAUAGUCACUGUAAUGAACAAAAAUCUAUACUUUUCGGUUUCUUUGUUAAUUUUUUUUUCUGGCAGAAGAGGGAAGAAAGGGGAGAGAAGUUGGCAUCAUCGUCUCUCUCUCUUUCUUUCUCCUCUCCGUGAAUCAUCAUCAUCAUCGUCUUCGUGUUUUCUCGUUAAGCCCACUUUGUUGUUUGUGGGAAAAAAAAGUCUGCUCAAAACUAUGAAUGUGAUGCGUAGAUUGACGAGUAUGGCUUCUGGGCGUGGCUUCGUCUCUUCUGAUAACGUAGGAGACUCCGAGACGCCGAGAUCAAAGCCUAACCAUAUUCGUGAUGAGAUAGAAGAGAACACACGAGAAGACUCUGUUUCUAAAACAGAGGAUUCUGAUUCAUUACCAAAAGAGAUGGGAAUCGAUGAUGACGACAAGGAUAAGGACGGUGGGAUCAUCAAGGGGAAUGGGACUGAGUCUGGUCGGAUCAUUACCACCACAAAGAAGGGUCUGGACGAUCAAAGAGAAAAGACAAUCUCCUACAGAGCUGAACAUGUGAUUGGCACUGGCUCAUUCGGUGUUGUCUUUCAGGCUAAGUGCUUAGAGACAGAAGAAAAAGUAGCAAUCAAGAAAGUGUUGCAAGACAAGAGAUACAAGAACAGAGAGCUUCAGAUAAUGAGAAUGCUUGAUCAUCCUAAUGUCGUUGACCUCAAGCAUUCUUUCUUCUCCACAACUGAGAAAGAUGAGCUUUAUCUUAACCUUGUUCUUGAGUAUGUACCCGAGACUAUAUACAGGGCUUCGAGAUCUUACACCAAGAUGAAUCAACAAAUGCCUUUGAUCUAUAUUCAGCUCUAUACAUAUCAGAUUUGCCGCGCAAUGAACUAUCUACAUAGAGUUGUUGGAGUGUGUCACCGUGACAUUAAGCCGCAAAAUCUAUUGGUCAAUAAUGUUACACAUGAGGUGAAGGUAUGCGAUUUUGGGAGCGCCAAAAUGCUGAUUCCAGGAGAACCCAAUAUAUCAUACAUAUGCUCAAGGUAUUACAGAGCUCCUGAACUCAUAUUUGGGGUAACUGAGUACACAACGGCCAUAGAUAUGUGGUCUGUAGGCUGUGUCAUGGCAGAGCUUUUUCUUGGACAUCCUCUGUUUCCUGGAGAGACUAGUGUUGAUCAAUUGGUGGAGAUCAUCAAGAUUUUGGGAACACCAGCAAGAGAAGAGAUCAGGAACAUGAAUCCUCGUUACAAUGAUUUCAAGUUCCCUCAGAUCAAAGCUCAGCCGUGGCACAAGAUUUUCCGGAGACAGGUAUCUCCAGAAGCAAUGGAUCUUGCCUCUAGACUCCUCCAGUACUCCCCAAACCUGAGAUGCACAGCGCUUGAAGCAUGUGCACACCCGUUCUUUGAUGAUCUGAGAGACCCAAGAGCAUCCUUGCCUAAUGGAAGAGCACUUCCUCCACUGUUUGAUUUCACAGCUCAAGAACUGGCUGGUGCAUCGGUUGAAUUGCGUCAUCGCUUAAUCCCUGAACAUGCAAGGAAAUAACUACUUUUGUCUAACACAGAUGUUGAUAUCUAAAUUUUUUUUUUUUUUUUUGGGCAUUGUUCUGGUUAUGAACUCUCAUUGACCUCUGCAAACCACUUGCACUAGCAGUUCCAAAAAGUGUAUGAUUUGUAAGUUUGUAACUUUGUAGACUCCAUUGUUGCAGACAGAAAUUGCAGAAUUUUCCGAGUUUUUUUUA